AUGCGCGUUGCGGCCCUGGCCGUGGGUGAAGAAGGGGAGGAGGAGGAGGAGGAGGACGAGGAAGAGGAGGCGGAGUGCCGUGCGGGGCAUCACCACGGGGCCCGCGGGCCCGCGAUGCGCUCCGCGGCUGCCGCGACAGUGGGGGGCAGGAGUCAAUGGUCCAUCACAACGUGUCCGAUUUUCUUUGUGCUGUUGCUGCUGUCCGUCUGGAAUCUGAUGACCGUCGUCGACGCGUCUCCCCUUCAUCCCGCACCACCGCACAAAGAUAUCACGCGCAGCUCGUAUAUCAGAUACUACGAGCCAGCCACAUAUGACACCGUAGCCUUGAGACGACAUCGCAACCGGAUACGUCGCGACGUCACCGACUCCGAGCAACCCCUGAUUUUAAACCUGAAGACGCUUGACAGAUCCUGGACGAUACGAUUGUUUCGCGACGCGAGCCUAUUCAGCAAGGACGUGUCCUUCGAAAGCACGAGCGGACCGAUAGCCUUCGAUACGUCACAUUCCUACGUCGGCACUGUUUUGGAGGACGAGAGCGCCGUGGUGCAGGGCGUCGUUACGCAAGACGGUCUCUUCGACGGCAGUGUCGUGACCAGAUUCGAAGAGUACUACAUCGAGCCGACGAGCAGGUAUUUGAAUAAAAAUGAAGACACGUCGCCGCCCUAUCACAGCAUAGCUUAUCGCACCUCCGAUGUUACCACCCCGCCACAUCCAUUACCCUGUGCCAGUCAUCAGCUGCAUCAAGAGGAGUCACUUCGCGAUUCCUUCGAUAGAUAUAGGUACAACAAUUCUCAGGCAUUCUACGAGCCUCUGCUCGGCGAGCACACCGCUCUCUACUCGAGGGAAAACAAUGCGAGGGUGUUAACGCUAGAAACGAAUAAUGACAUCGAGUACACGGACGCCGCGAGCGGCAGAGAUCGGAUCGCCAGGCAUCUGCACAAGCGCGCGACGGUAGAUCCCCGGAAAACUACCUGCAUGCUCUACUUGCAAGCGGACCAUCAGUUUUUCGCGCGAUACGGCACGGAGGAAGCCUGUAUCGAGGUGAUGACGAGGCACGUGCAGCGAGUCAACUCCAUCUACAAACACACAGACUUCAAUCAGGAUGGGCGGCCGGAUAACAUCAGUUUCAUGAUUAAACGCGUCAAGGUGCACGGCGAGGACGCGUUGAGAGACCAACAUUAUCGUUUCCCGGGCAAUUACGGGGUGGAGAAGUAUUUGGAGCUCUUUUCAGAGGAGGAUUAUGACGCAUUCUGUCUGGCUUACAUGUUCACGUAUCGGGAUUUCGAGAUGGGAACGCUGGGUUUGGCAUGGACAGGCGAUCUCAAGAAUGCCGGCGGCGUGUGUGAGAAGAAUGGGCAUUACCGCGGCAGCAUGAAAUCGUUGAACACCGGCAUAGUGACCCUAUUAAAUUACGGGAAGCACGUACCGCCUGCGGUCUCUCACGUUACUUUGGCCCACGAGAUCGGCCACAACUUCGGCUCGCCGCACGAUCCGGAACAAUGUACGCCGGGCGGCGAGGAUGGCAACUUUAUAAUGUUCGCCCGUGCCACCAGCGGCGACAAGCGCAACAACAAUCGCUUCAGCCCGUGCAGCCUGAACGCCAUAAAUCCCGUGCUCAACAGCAAGGCACGUUCGCCAAAGGGAUGCUUCACCGAGCCGCAAGUAUCGCUGUGCGGCAACGGCGUGGUGGAGGAGGGCGAGGAGUGCGACUGCGGCUGGGAGGAGGAUUGCAGGGAGUCGUGCUGCUUUCCCCAGCGCCGUUAUCCGCCGCCCGAGGAGACCCCGUGCACGCUCAAGCCGCGCUCGGUGUGCAGCCCUAGUCAAGGCCCGUGCUGUACCGGCGAGUGUAAUCUCCGUUUCGGGGAUAAGUGCAGAGAUGACAACGGUUGCCGCGACGCGAGCUUCUGCGACGGCCGUUCCCCGUAUUGCCCGCCGUCCAUUAACAAGCCUAAUAAGACCAUCUGCAACCGCGAGCUGGUUUGCUUCAUGGGGGAGUGCACCGGCAGCAUUUGCCUGGCAUACGGACUGGAAUCUUGUCAAUGCAUACCAGGCCCGAACGAUCCGUCGACGAAGGCUUGCGAGUUAUGCUGUCGACUUCCCGGGGAAAAUCAACCGUGCCUAUCGUCUUUCGAUUGGAAUUCUCCGCCGUACGAUAUUCCCGACAUGUUCUCGAAGCCAGGGACUCCGUGUAACGAUUAUAACGGCUAUUGCGAUGUCUUUCAAAAAUGCCGUGAGGUCGAUCCAAGCGGUCCAUUAGCAACUUUAAGGAAGCUCUUAUUAUCCGACGAGAGCCUCGCUACUUUCAGACGGUGGGUCGCUGAACAUUGGUAUGCAGCCGCUCUGAUAGUUUUAGCGGCGAUAUCGUUGCUGGUGGCCAGCAUGAGAUUAUUGGGCAAGCGACCGGACUUGAAGCUAAAGUCCGUCACGAUAAUUCACAGUUCUACGACGGAAACGGUACGACUUCCACCUGAAGGUACGGAAGGAGUGACGGUGCAUCCACCGGCGGUACGUGCCAAACUUCCUCUUAGCAGAAAGGUCAGAGAGAAAAGGUGUCAUCGCAAACAUAAAGACGGCCACACCGAUAAGUCCAACAAGGACGCCAAGAAGAAACAGAACCAACAAGCAAAGAGAUCAUCCACCGGGCAGACGGACGAUCUUGCGCGGAAGAGACCGGCUGAAGUUUCGGCUGCCGUGACGCAGGAGAACAAACGGAAGAAGAUCAUAUCGGUUAGAGAUAAAGGACAAGGCGCCAGCAAUAAUCCGGCCGGCGGCAGCGGCGGCGGCGGCGAUAACGACAAGAGGAAGCGCAAGAAGCAACAUAGAAAGGAGGUGAUCGACUACUCGGCAAUUCAAGCGGACAAGGAACCGGAAACGAACGCCGAUCCUAAGAGCAAGGUGCGCUCCUGGUUACUGGCGUCUUCGCAGUGUCGACCGGAAACCGGUGCGCGGACGGGCAACGUCAACGGUUUGCCGAAAAGCAAAUCGACCCCGGUGGGCCUGACGGCCGGCGGAGGGGCGGUGGGGUCCAGAGCGCCGGUGUCGAGGCAGCAGCAGGCGCUGACGUCCGCGCGACGUCCUGCAGGCGCGGAGGCCGGACGGGCGGAGCUGAAGAACUCGUCGAAUUCCCUCGCCAGGAAGGAACGGGCGCGGCUGCAGGUGGUGUACAAGCCGCCGUUCCGGUUCAGCGUGAAGCUGCGCAAGUCCGACAAGGUGGCGCAGGCACCGGCCACGGCCGGUGUGAAUCACACGAGCGCGAACAGCCGAACGACGAAGCUGCCGAGGACCGGCGUGCUGCUGCGAACGGCCAAGAGGAAGGACCGGGUCAGGAUAGGCAGAGCGCGACAGAUCGCCCCGACCGGCAUCGGGAACAGCGGCGGCGAUCUGCCGGAGCCGGCCAACUCCGACUUGCACACCGUGCCCUCCGAUCUGGAAGUACUGCUGUCCGAGAGCGAGUUUCUCUUCUCGGACACGUGACCAUGGAUAAUGAGCGUGUUUGAGUUCGUUUCGAGUCGCUACGCGACUAAGUAGCUCUUGCGUCUAUUCAUCCCUUGUUGUUCGUGCGCGAGACUAGAU